AUCAACUCGAAGGUGGGAUUAGCAGAAAUCGAUAGCAAUACUUAUUACAGAUCAAUACGCCUUCAUCAACAAUGAGAUGUUGGUGUUGAGGCUAAUGCAUCUUUGACAUAAAUCUCCCCACCACAUUGAUCUGUGCCAUUACCCUCAAUGUCACUGACUUGAGUGAGAAACGUCUCCAACACCACUUCGUUCACUAUUCCCCCUGCCCCAUGAGACAGAUCCCGCACACUAACACACUCUCAAUACAGCUGAGGCAUGUAAAUGUACUUCCCUAACUCUUUCUCGCUGUCUGCGGAGGCCACAUGUGAGACGAACGGCUGGCGUAAAUAUAGAACGCUUUCCAGUGACAGCUUGAUCCGUCUAUCUAGUCAAGAUGUGCGGUUCAGUCUCGGGUCACGCUCACUCGACCAGCAGGUUCAUUUGACCUAGAACCUGUCUGUCAGCUGUAAAUCCCGCAGCUUGCACGUGAUCCUAUAAAAAUAGCAUGAGCCAUGUUGUGAACUUGCUAUGGGAAUCGAUACUGAGCUCGAAAGCAACUUGAGCCGUCUCAAGGUGAAUUAGUGUCACGUGAUCAACAACUGUCUCGUUGUACCGCGGUGCUUGUAUACGGAUAUAACACUGUGAUUCACUCUGAACAGGGGGUCGAAAUUAGCUUGGCAGUUCUUCGGUUAUGUGUGUCAUUGAUACUGUAACAAACUAAACAGGCCACGUUACUGUGCCGACUUUUGCGCUAUAACGAGGUAGAUAUGAGCGAGAGUUGAGGUUGCGCUCAUUUGACCACUGUUCUUUUGUUGUGUUGAUUCUCUGACAGUGGAAUGUCCGCACGACGCACCAAGAAGGUGCAUUUGGAAACUUUUCUAACUUAACCCACCACACUACAGUGAUGUUUAAGAGAUCCAUCAACUUCUCGCCCUUUGAGAAAGAUCAGCUAUUACGCCUCAUCAGGGAGUACAUCGUUAUAUUCGAGGACAAGCGUUUGGAUGGAGUGGGGAGACGCGAGAAGGAGCGAGCUUGGCUGGAGCUGACGGACAGAUACAACUCGCAGGAUAAUGUCAACCUCCGGACCAGCAAACAGCUACAGGCAUGUUGGAAAAAUCUCAAGAACAGAGCUAAGGAUGUAACAGAAGCUUGCAAGAGAGGGGAGGAGUUCCCAUUCUUUACAAUGUCCAACAGUCUUAAUUCGAGUUACCUCCCUUACAAUUCUUUCAACGAGGAUGAAAAUGGAUACGAGAUACGAGUGAAAGCAGAGCAUGACAGCGAUGUCGAAGAUGCCACCCAAGACGACAUAACUGUCACCUUUAACUCCCAUCAGCAACCCUUCUCCGUCAGCAAUUCCCCCUCACCCCCUCCGACGUCUGCCCAAGUGAACUACGUUUACUCUCCCACCGCAUCCACGCCAUCGUUAAUAAUUCCUCAGUCAUCAACACAUGCGCACUCAUCAUCAUUCUCCGUGCUGACGUCAUCCCCAUCUCGUUCCCCUUCCCGCGAAGAACCACCGGAGGAGAAGGUUCAGCGCCUGGAAAGAAGUGGUACCACGAGAUUACCAUGUUCGGUGCCAACAUACAGAGCGCCAGAACGAAGCAUCAGCAAGUCGGUAGAUCGUAUUGCUACGUCUAUACUCUUUGAACGAGGUGUGUACGACCACUCAGGGCCUCAGGGAUUGUUUGUUCCACGUGUGGACCACUAUACCAAGAGGACAGAAUCUGCAUCAAGUGAUGGAAACCUUCCACAGCGCGAUAACUCAAUACAAAUCAACCAACAGUAUAGCAAUACAAGUCCACCAUAUUACAAAAAUGCUCACCGAUUUAACAGUUCUACACAACCUUUAAGAAAGGGCGGUAACUCCCAUCGUCCUAUUUCGUCAUCAAGACCAAUGACGUCGAGUUCAGUCCGGGCUAAUGUUAAUGGCCACGUACCUCUUAUGUCGCCUCACAAGGUGAAGAAAGCUGCUCAAUAUAGAAGACUGGAACAUGAGGUAAGGAUGAAGAACUUGAAGUUCGAGAGGAGUUGUGUUGAAGCAGAACACAAGCUGAAAUGUGAACUUUUGCAUUUGAAGAUCAAAUACUAUAAGAAUAAACUAGAAGAACGUUCCAAUCGACCCUCUCAAACCGGCCUCACCCAUGUUGGACCCGAAUAGCCUGCUGGAGGUUAAUUUUGUGUGGAUUCUUUCUUACCGUCCGGGACUGCAGGAUAAUAUUAUAUAGGCGGUGUUGAGGGUUUAUUGUUCGGCCUAUGGUGUCCACCAUUUAUCCGUUGACGGGUGUCUUGAUACUUAAAGGAUAUUUAAGAAAGGAGUGAAAAUUCAGUGUCGUGAUACUUGCCAACUAACAAUGGGUGCUACUGAGAAGAGACACACUUCUAAACAGCCAGUAUUUACUCAAGAUAUACUCAGGGUAGCUGAUGCAUUAUAUAUAUUAAUGUGGGCAAUACAUUUCGGUGGCUAGCCUCGAUCUUAAGGGCAAUGUGGACUUGUUUCACAAGAGCUACACAUGACAUGCCAAUAACCCUAGUCAAACUGCGGUGUGUACUCACAAAUCUGUUACCUAUUUUGUUUAUAUACUGAGAUGAUAAUGAUGUUAUAACAUGCCUCUGACAUAAUAUUGAUAAUUAUUUACAUUUAGUUAAAGAUGAUCAAUACAAAGGAAGUUAAAGAUCACAAGACUCAUUUCAAUUUCUUUUAUUCAGGGUACUGAAGAGGCCACAGGCCUAUAGUACAAUACAAUCACUGUGAAUAUAAAUUAAGGUUAUUGUUCAAAGCAACAAAUCUACAAAUUGUUAAAAAUCUAUCAAUGUACAUCUAUCAUGGGUUCAACAGUAGAAAAUUUGUUUUAAAUACCCUGUAACUGUACACACUUGUAUUGUACUAUAGGCCUGUGGCCUCUUCAGUACCCUGAAUAAAAGAAAUCACAAGACUCUUUUUAUACGACCUGGUGGUGACUGCAACACAUAAUCUUCGUUGUGAUCUUUAACUUGUUUUGAGUAGUAUAUUUGACAGAUAUGGGGAUUAACCCUUUCGUUAAGUGCAAACUGCAACGAUGAGACAUUCAUACUCGUUAUUAAGCUAUUUGAUGCAUCAUUAUAGCUGCGCUGAAAUCUUAUAACAACAAAAUGCCCUUUCCAAUAACAAAAA